UUUAUACAAACCACUGUCUGACUUUCAUCGUUACCGUUGUGCUCUAAAGUGACGACAAAACCUUGUGAUAAACAAUUCUUUUUUACAUACAAAAAAAAAAGUUGUCAACAUGAAUUUUUCUCUAUUGCCCGUUUACACUUUCUACAAGAACUUCCCACUUUUUGGAUGCCCCGCAAUGGGCACAGUCCGAAUUUAAACUCGACCCGGAACAAAAAAUAAGCAAUGAUCAUUUCUCUGUGAUUUCUCAGUGUGUUAACAACAACAUGUCGUCGCGUCUUGGAGAAUCCUUUCGACAUCCUUUCGUUGUUGUUGUUGUAAAUUUUUAAUAUAUUUAUUGUUGAUCUAUAUACAAUUGACGUGAAAUCUGCGAAUAAAACGCAAAAAAAGACACAAAAUGGGGAAUGGCAUGAACAAAGUGUUGCCCGGACUGUAUGUUGGCUCGUAUCGGGACUCCAAGGAUGUCAAUCAACUGGAAAAAUACGAAAUAACUCACGUAAUUGCCAUUCACGAUAGUCCCAAGAGGCUCUACGCUAAUUUGCAUUAUCUCAUGAUUAUGGCGUCAGAUUCGCCGGACCAGAAUUUGACGCAAUACUUUCCACUCUGCAACGAUUUCAUACACAGCGCUCGACUGCAAGAGAAAAACGUGCUGAUCCACUGUCUCGCUGGCAUGAGUCGCAGCGUCACGGUCUGCGUGGCAUACAUCAUGUCGGUAACGAACCUCAAUUGGCAGGAAGCUCUCAAGGUUGUGCGUUCGGGCCGCCAAAUCGCGAAUCCCAACAAAGGCUUCCAAAGCCAACUGCAAGACUUUGAAAUGUUCAAGCUCGAAGAAGAGCGCCUCCGACUUAAAGAACGCUACCCAAGUCUCGCCCUCAUCGACUUUGAUCGCGAAAACUGUGAUAUCGCGCUCAAAAACUACGAAGUGAUGCUCGCGCGCAAGACGAUCUGCGAGGGAAGCUGCAAAAAAGGUGAAAAUUGUCCCACCGGAGUGUGUCGCGCGGACCAGAAAGCCAAUCUCCGGCGGAAACAAUCACAAUCGAGUAACUUGAGUCUGAAUUCCAUCACAUCCACAUCAUCCAACAGCAGAACGCGAUCGUGUCCCUCGUCGCCGCGUCACAGCAAACAUCUCGAUUCUGCCUCGCGAUGCGUUUCGUUGCAAGAUGACGACGAAAUCAUGGAGCUCCGUGACAGCAUUCCGCGUCCCUCGUCAAUGUCCCUGAGUCGCAGUUCGAGUAUCGCAAGCAAUCAUCACGCGAAUCGCGGAUAUCAGGGACCACGUGGUCUGAUGUCGUACACUUCGCCUUCGACGAGCAAAAUUCCGACUUCGGCACCGCCAUCACUGCGAAAUUCCCGCAUUGAUUUGUCAUCUUCGGCGUAUGGAUGUUCGCCCGGCAGCAGUGGGAGUUCGAGCGGAAGACCAUCGAGUGCAGGGACCGUCAUAAAUGUCGUGAGUCGAUCGAAAUUGGACCGCACAGCAUCUCGCACAUCGCUUUCGUCGCUGCAACGUGGAAGUAGCGCGAGCAGCAAUAGUAGCGGAAGUGGAAAUAUCCCCACAGGAAAACCUCCUCCGUCGCCCAAACGGACCCUCAGGCGAUAUAAUGCCUCUUAA